GCCGGAGGAGCAUCAUGUUAUGCACGCCAAGUGGAUUCAAGAAGAAAUGCCGGUACGCCUGGCGCACAGGCUCAUGGACUUCUUCGAGCUUCCUUUUGUGGUGAUUUGCAAUGCGCGAUUCCACGAGGUUUUUCGGCUCUUCCUUCAUGCCUUCGAGACGCUGGUAGAGACUCCUCCAGUCAAAGACUCCAAAGACGUGGAGGCGUUUGCCGGCGUCUUGCGACAGCUGGUACGAGGUCAUGACCACACCAUACACAUGCUGCAGGAAGGCUACGGUGAGCUUCAAACGCUUCUUGACGGCUUGAUUGAGCUUGACGACUUCCUGAAUCAAACUUGCUUCACGCGCAUCGGCAACCGUGUACUGGCGGAGCACUUCCUAGAAGUCCAUGAAGCCCGAAGCUCAAGUCCUGCACGUGAUUCAUGCGGCGUUGUGGACCCUCACGUUUGUCCUGCGGACAUCGUCCGGGAACUGGCGUCGAGUCUCGGAGGGCUCUGCGACGAGCUCUUUGGGCAUCAGAUCGAGGUUGUCUUGGACGGCGAACUUGGCACAACAGUGGCGUUCGUCCCUGAGCAUCUCCACUUCGUUCUGCAGGAGAUCCUGAAGAACGCGAUGCGUGCGACCCUGGAGCGCCAUUUUCGGGACAAACAGCUGCCGCCUGUCACUGUCUCUGUGCUGAAGGGGACCUUUGACGUGACGCUAAAGAUCUCCGACCGUGGAGGAGGAAUGCCUCGCGAGCAGCUCCUCAACGUUUGGCGCUACGGAUACACCUCUGCAAAGCAGAGGUCACCGCUGAAGCAGAAGGAUGACUUUGACACGCUCUGUGGAAGGGAUCCUGCUUCGAUGCGACGACUUGCAGGCUACGGGUUUGGACUUCCCCUCUCGCGCGUUUACGCGCA